AUGUCUAAAGCAGGUAUAUGUUUAAUUCCUAACUGUAGUAUGUUAGUUCUCGAGUUGUUCAGAUGUUUUGUCAUAGCCUGCAAUACAAAUUAGGACAAGUUUAUAACAACCAGCUGGAUUGCCACAAGUCAACAGGUUGACACCCACUCACAUGUCUGCUGUCUGACAUAUGCAUGGCAACAUGAAUAUAAAUGUGAUCUUAAUCAUUUUAAAUUAUAUGAAGGCUUUGUGCUCAGUAGUUUAAUACACCCUUCCAGAAAGGGUGUUAGCUAUAGAGCCUUGUUUUCAUGAACAUGACAUAAGUUAAAACCAAGGGUGGGUGCCAGUAGUUUUUGACUACUUUUUAAAAAUAGUAGCUUUGGUUAUAGCGAACUACAUUUUGCCUAAAGGUAGCCAAGUAGUUGACUACUUUUCAAACAGCGAAUUGCUAUUCGCUACUUUUUAAAUUGUUAGCAAUUUGAUAGAAUAGCAUGAUAUUGAGACACGGUUUGCUUAAAAUCAAUACUCAAUUGUCAAUUUGCACUCCUGAACACUGUACUGCUUACAAAAAUGUUGCUUUGUGUUUACUGUUGCUACUCGUAAGUCGAUUUGUUAUAGGUUACGUUACAGCCUGAGUUAGUAGAUGCUCCAAAUACAGUGAAACUAAAAAAUAUAGCAUAGCAAAAUAGCGAAAUAGUUCGCUACAUUUUUUAAGCAGUAGCUGUAGUCAGUAGCGAACUACCUUUGUUCAAAAGUAGCAGUAGUUGUAGCUGACUACAUAUUUUUGAAGUAGCUGUAGUUAUAGCGAACUACAAAAAUUUUGUAGUGAACCCACCCUAAUGGUUAAAACCCAACGUCUCAUUGUUUUUGAGUUGGCAUUUAAAUAUUGUUUUUUUUGCCUUGGCAUUAAUUAAGUUGCAUCCUAUUUUUAUUAUUAUUUUUUUAUACUCUGUCUAAGGCCAAAAAAAAUAAUAGUUGGUUUCAGGUUUGACAGCCAUGUUUUAUAUGGGUAGGUAGGUCGGAAAAACGUUUUAUUUAAAAAUAUAUUUUAUCUCAUAUGCAAUAACGGGAUCACCCGCGAGCUACAUUACUGAAAUGCAUCAAGGCGUUUUCGUCUUUUUUCAGCAGUAGCUGCCAUGUCACAAUAAUGUACGUUUUUAAUAUUUUAUUCAACUGUUCUUUGUGUAAAACUAUGACUAUUAAACUAUGAUUAUUAAAUUAUAAGCUUGCAAACAACAUAAUUUGUAGACAAAUGAGUCUGAUGACUAUUUAUAUAUUCUGCUAUUUACGAAAAGAUGAUCUCUACUGGGAAAUGUCAAUAAAAUGUUUAUGGUCGGUCAUAUUUUGACAGGUCGGUCGGAAACCUGAAACCAACUAUUAUUUUUAUUUGGCCUAUUACAAACACUUUUUCACUAGUCAAAGGGAGAAUGUUGGUGCUUAAUGGGUUAGUCAGACUGCCUGUCCAUAUACCUAUUUAACCCAUUAAGUUGCAUUGUGCACCAAUGCACCCUACUGUAUUAUUUUACUCUGUCUUAAACAAGUUUCCUCAUCAAGGGAAGAGCACUGGCCCUCAAUGGUUUAAACACCUCAUUUACCUGAAAACUAUUUCAAGUUGUAAUUUAUUGUUUCUUCAAAACCUUAAUGAAAUAUUGACAUUUUUAGGUGUAUGUCAGAGCAGCUUGCAACAGGAAGUAUCACAUGGGCAAUACUUUACUCCCUCUGGAAAAGAUAUUUGUGAGAAAUGUCAAUGUUUAGCAGGAAAAGCUGUUGGUUGUUUCUUUGAAAAAUGUCCCCAGUUACCAGAAUGUGGGGACUAUAGACCUGUUGAAGGAACGUGCUGCGAAUUUGAGUGUUUGCAAGGUGGGACCUGUAUUUCCUUUUAGCAGUUUUUGUUUUAACAGUACAUUUAAUGCCAAAUCAUCCUCUAAAACAAAUAUGAUAUGUGGAAUACAUUUUUUCCCUAAUACUUUAUUUUUUUCCAGAUAAUGGCUUAUCAGACAAAACAGAAUUAGCUGUGCUGUUUUCAUUAGGCACAGGACUCGUUCUUUUGCUGAUCAUUUUAAUCUUAGUGUUAUAUUGUCGACGUCAAGGAAUUAAGAGAUCACAGGAAGAACACGACAAAGUGACAAAAACUCAAUCAGUUACAGAACAAUCAACAACGACAACAACAACAACAACAACCUCUCCUGGUGAGUUUCUUUUUCAUCAUUUCAUUAAUUCAGGUUUAUUUAAGGUUUACAGUACACCAGGCCUGAUCAAGUUAACUACUGAUCAAUGACCAGGCAUCCCUAGAGUUGGCAGAGGGGCAGCCACAGAAAAUUUUCCAAAAAUUCAAGAAGUUCUCCUGGAAUGCACUCCAAACUUUCUGGAAAUUCUCGAAAACCAUUUCUCUCAUCAAAACAACACUUUCGACUGAUAAAAACAUGUUUUGAAAAGUUUUGGUCACAUGCAUAGGGGGGGACCACAGGCAUCCCUUAGGGUCAGCAACAGGACCACAGGAAUUUUUUUGAAAUUCAUGAAGUGCCCCAACACACUCCAACCUGGUUUGAAAAUUUUUGGUCAUGUGCAUAGUGGGGGCCACAGGCAUCCCCUAGGGUCAGGAAGGGGGCACCACAGGAAAUUUUUGAAAAAUACAUAAAGUGCCCCAACCUGGUUUAAACAACCCUAGAGUCAACAGACAACCCUACAGUCAACAAACAACCCUAGGGUCAACAAACAACCCUAGGGUCAACAAACAACCCUAGGGUCAACAAAGGGGGGAUGCCAGUCGAUGGGUUAAUUUUUUAUGAUUGAUUAUUUUAAUUUAAUUUAAUCAUUUGUCACAACACAAUCAUUACGCAUACAUCUACAAUAAACAGAGGACAUAAGUGUGACUGGGGAAAGGAACAGGACUUGCGUCCCAAUUGACACCUGCCCCCAACAUUAUAACUAGACUUUGCUGCUUGUUGCACACCGAGCACAAUGACUUUUCGCAUUUUAAUCGUUUUAUUAACUGUUAUAAAAUAAUUUUUUAGAAGUACUGCCAACAAAUGCAGAAAGCAUUGCUGAAGGACGUGUCGAAUUACCCCCUCCUUACUCAGCUGAACCUCGGUGUGUAAAUGGAGCUCGGACAAAAACCCCACCUAAUGAACCACCCCCACCUUAUGUCGACAGGGAAGAGUCUGCUGUGUGA